GUGCAGCAACUGGCUCCCUUGAAACAAUAUGGACUAUUCUAGAACUCAACCUUACCAUUGCAUGCGCCUGUAUGGCAUUUAUGCGUCCCCUCCUACAUGCCUGGAAGUCCCCUUUCCGCCACAUGCGUAAACGCUCAUCACAGCAUGAUCACUCCGUCGACUUCACGCAGUUUCUAAGCCAGUGGCCGUAUAAGACGGGCAGCUCCAUGUUCUCGCGAGAUGUGUGCUCUCUGGUAUGUGCGAGUGCUUAUCCCACCCCGGCCACGGAAGCAAGUCAAGAUCGGAAUGAGCUGGAUCUAAGGGGCAUCAUGGUCCAGACAUCGAUAGAUCGAGAUGUCCAGGAUAGGGGAGUGGUGCUGGCUUCAAUCCUGGGGGGCACGAGGUCGAUGAUUGAGUCGAUUGGGUUGUCAUCGAGGAGAGAAUCAGCCGGGUAUUAAACUAGGACUACAUGUGUAAAACUCAUAAUUCCUCCCCCAAAAUGACGAUGCACUGACUCUUUAACUCGUAACAUUCUUUAUCCUUUUCUGCCGUGGUUGAAUCCCUGGGUAGUGUAGCCGUGGCAAACUAGCCCUAUAACCCCGUCCUAUAACGGAGAUCUUG